AAACGGGCCAAAUUAGAGCCCAUAUAAAAGUAGGAACUAUUGCGUGGGUUAGUUUUCAGUACGAAGCUGUAACCUCAAUCACUCAACAGAAUCCGACCACCUAAAAAGCCCGACGGAGACACCGAUAUUCUACCGCGGCGGAGCUUUUACAGAUGAGCAAUUCAUCGGAGAAUCAUCCGGCCGGUAACAAGAAUGUUGUUAAAGGUUCGGAGGUCUUUGUGGGUGGCUUGCCUCGUAAUUUAACCGAAGAUAGAAUACGAGAGGUGUUUUCAGCUUGCGGAGAAAUCCAAGAAAUACGUCUCAUAAAGGAUCAUCAAGGCACCUUAAAGGGGUACUGCUUUGUCCGUUUUACAACAAAAGCAGCUGCUGACAAAGCUGUGAGGGAAAAGUCUGGACUUGUGCUGGAUGGGAAAAAGAUUGGUGUUCUCCCAUCAAGCGAGCAAGAAACAUUAUUUAUGGGAAACCUGUACAAAGGUUGGACAGCUGACGAAUUCAGCAAUCUUGUGCGACAGGUUUUUCCGGAUAUUGUCUCUGUUGAUCUUGCAACGCGCGUUAGUUCUGGACAGAGUCCUCCUGGUCAAAAGAAACACAACCGAGGUUUUGCCUUUGUGAAGUUCUCAUCUCAUGCUGCUGCUGCACGUGCACUUAGGGCGGGUCAAUCACCAGAGUUCAGUCUUGGCGGUAAAGUACACCCAGCUGUGGAUUGGGCUGAAGAGGAUCCAGAGGUUGAUCCUGAAAAGCUUGCAAAGGUCACUAUUGCAUUUAUCAGAAAUCUUCCUGGAGGAGCCGAUGAAAACUUUUUGAAGAAACUGUUUAUGCCUUUUGGACAGGUGGAGAAAGUGAUCAUAUCUAACAAAACGCGUGCCCCUGUUGGGUUCGUGCACUUUGCUGAGAGAUCAGAACUUGAUGAUGCGAUUAGGGAGAUGAACGGAAAAACAGUCCAGGGGCCAAAUGGAGGCUCGCCAUUUAAGCUCUUGAUUCAAGUGGCCAGGCCUAUGGACAAAAGUAAGAAACGUGAUCGUGAAGAACCACAAAGCAAACAACCUAAUAAGGUUUUAGUUCACUCGAAGCUCGUAAGGACUGACCCAGCUAUCACAGUUGGUCUUGAGGACAGAGCUCUACAGGAAGCAGUAGCUGUUGAUCCAUAUGAAGCUGCUGUAUAUCCGCUCCCUGCUGCCAUAAAGGAGCGUUUACUUCGAAUCUUAAGGCUUGGUAUAGCUACUAGAUUUGAUAUUCCCAUUGAAUGUCUGAGAAGUCUUAAGGAGCUACCGGAACCUACUGCCAUAUCUGUCCUUGACCAGUUCAUGAUAUCAGGAGCAGAUCAGGAUAACAAAGGAGCAUAUCUUACGGCCCUAAUAUCUAAGCACCAAGUCACUAAAUUAGGACUAGUAGGACUAUAUGGAUUCCCUUCGAGUGCCUCAAGAGUGACGGAUAUGUCAACAAAGGAACCUGAACUCUCCAGCUAUUCUAGGAGGGCUCAGUAUCCUGCUUAUGAUUCUACUUCCUCACAUCUUGAAUAUACUGCAACUAGGUCAGAUGGUCACCCAUCUCGAUAUUCCUAUAUGUAUUCAGAGUAUCCGCCCAGCCGAGCAUUGGACUAUCCAUUGCCCAGCCAAGCAGCAGAUUAUCCAUUGCCCAGCCGAGCAUCAGACUAUCCAUUCCCAAGUCGAACAUCGGACUAUACAUUGCCAAGUCGAGCAUCAGACUAUACAUUGCGAAGCCGAGCAUCAGAUAAUCCUUUGCCGAGUCGAGCAUCGUUUGGAAAGUUGGAAGCAGCUUCCCCUGCAUCACAAUCAACACCAGGGUUUUUGACACCUUGCGGAAAAAUUGGACUGGACUCACACGUCACAGCUGCUGCUAACCAUCAACCAGUGCGUCCCCAGAUGAGAUUUGACCCCUAUACUGGUGAACCAUACAAAUUUGACCCUUUUACUGGUGAACCAAUUCGACCUGAGAGUCCGCAGCGCAAUUUCAGAAGCCCAUACUGAAAAAUGGGUGUAAGCAAAAGGUAGCUAUGGUGCAACUGAGAGGCAGGAGUUCUUCUAGAGCUUUCAAUAAGGAAUAGCAGGAUGAGGGUCUUUUGUAUCCUCUGGACAGGAAGAACGACCGGAAUGUCAUUGUUGAUUUUUUUAGAAGUACAAAUAUUUAUGUAGAACGCUGCGUCUGACCUUACAAAUAGUUCUGUAUUUUCAAGUUUGAUGUGUACCAUAUCCGUGAAUUUUGAUUGAUUUGACCAAGUUGAAGUAGGAUCCUCCGUUUGUCUUUUA